AUGGAUGUUAUAAAAGCUGAAAUAGCAAGGAAGCGAAAACUCCUGGAAGAGAAACAGUUGGUGGAUGACAAAAAGAAAUUCUUCAAACGAGGAGAUUUGAUAGCCAAGAACAAUGAAGGAAUUCUACAGAAACAAGGCUACAAGAAACCAGAAAGCAAUGAAACAGAUCAAAGCAUUCACGAAGGAUAUAAUUUCACCGGGGAGGGUCAGAACAUAUUACCACGAAAUGAAGUAAUACGACGUCUGAGGGAGAGAGGUGAACCAAUUUUAUUGUUUGGUGAAACAGAAUCAAUGGCAUUUUCUCGUCUGAGACAAUGUGAAAUUUCACAGCCCGAAGCUAAUCGAGGUUUCCGCAAUGAUUUCCAAGAGGCCAUGGAACAGGUGGAUCAGGCAUAUUUGCAAGAAAUGUUUGCCAAUACAUCGACCACAAAAGAGGAAAAGAAAAACGAAUUUGCCGAAUUAGAUGAGACAGUGGAUUGGGAGAGCAUAAAGGAGAUGGCACAAAAAAUGGGACGCAACAAUAAGGAAUAUGAUAUGGAUGUCAUUAUGACCCUGUUGACAUAUAUACUUAAAUUAUGGAAUGAUCAAAUUGCCGGCUAUUCGAAACAAGAAAAAAUGUCAACCAAAGUUAAAAUGACAAGAGUCAUUUAUACACAGACCAAGGAGUAUGUGAAGCCACUGUUUAGAAAGCUAAAAAAUCGUUCAUUGUCCGAUGAUAUUUUGGAAAGUUUAACAGAUAUUUGUAAACAUCUGCUGAAUCGUAACUAUAUACAGGCCAGUGAUGCCUACUUGGAAAUGGCUAUUGGUAAUGCCCCAUGGCCAAUUGGUGUUACUAUGGUUGGUAUUCACGCUCGUACAGGUCGUGAAAAGAUUUUCUCCAAAAAUGUUGCCCAUGUAAUGAACGACGAGACGCAGCGUAAAUAUAUACAGGGCUUGAAACGUUUGAUGACAAAGUGUCAAGAAUAUUUUCCAACAGAUCCUUCAAAGUGUGUCGAGUAUGUAAGCAAAAAAGAUCGAGAAUAAAG